GCUCUUAGUACCUUAUAUAAAGAGGCCUAUUUGGAAACAAAGCAUGCAACAAGCGCUACAAAAAAUAAAUAGUAGAAGAAGUUAACUCAUAAACAUUUUCUUAUUCUAGAAAAAAAAAAAUGCCGAUUUCAAAAAUCGCCAUUGGAAAUUUUAGAGAAAUUACCAAGCAUGAUGCCCUUAAGGCUGCCUUAGCUGAAUUUAUUUGUGUGAUUACUUUUGUUUUUCCCGCUGAAGGCUGUGCCUUAGUUUUCUCCAAGAUGAUCACGACUGGAGAUCCAGCCAAUGGGCUAAUUUCGGCAUCGAUAUCCCAUGCAUUUGCUCUUCUUACAGCAGUUUCAGUGGGAGCAAACAUAUCUGGAGGUCAUGCAAGCCCCGCUGUUACCUUUGGUGCAUUCGUCGGAGGUCACAUUACCUUUUUCAGGAGUGUCAUGUAUUGUAUUGCUCAAUUACUUGGAUCCGUUGUGGCUUGCUAUCUCCUCAAGAUUGCUACUAAUGGUUUGGAAGUAUCACCAUACCCUCCACAAUUACCUUGGAAUGCAGUUGUUUUCGAGAUAGUGAUGACCUUCCUCCUUGUUUACACAUAUUAUGCAACUUCAUUUGACCCCAAGAAGGGUAACAUGGGAAUCAUUUCCCCAAUUGCAAUUGGUCUCAUUGUUGGUGCCAACAUCUUGUGUGGUGGUGCUCUUUUUGGCGCAGCAAUGAACCCUGCUAUUGCCUUUGGUCAAGCAAUGAUUAGCGGGAUAUGGACCCAUCAUUGGGUCUAUUGGCUUGGUAAUUUCGUCGGUGCUGCCAUUGCUGCGUUGGUAUAUGAACUUAUCUUCAUUGGUGAAAACGUUUACGAGCAGCUUCCCAUCACUAAUCACUAAGAGUUUCAACUUAUUUUCUCUCCUAAAACUAGUUGUUGGAUUGUUAAGUUGUGCUUGUUAUGUUUUGUUCUCUUGCUUAUCAAUCUUAGCUAAGUAUCUUAGCUUUUGUUUAAUUGUGAAAUUUUGAUGAAAGAAAUAAAGGUCCCGUUGUGUUGUCUU